AUGGAACAAACCCAAUCAUGGAGGCCUGUAUGACCCCCCCUCCCUCUCAGCCUUGCCCAGCCCCGAGGUGGCCUCAGGACACGAUGUGACCCUCCAGUGUCAGUCACAGCCAUGGUAUGACAUGUAUGCCCUGUACAAGGAUGGAGCAGAGAUCACCCAAGGCCAGGUCCAAGCCCUCGACAGUGGCUGCCAGGCUACCUACCACAUCUCUGCUGUGACCUCUGCCCAUGGAGGGACUUACCGAUGCUACACCUUUCACAGUCACUCCCCCCAGGAGUGGUCAGCCCCCAGUGAGCCCCUGGUGCUCAGGGUCACAGGCACCUCAAAGGGUCCUCACCUCCCCCAAAAGCCUGGGGAUCCCCAAGCCCUGACAUCCUCUCCUCCCACUCAGGCAGGACCUAGGGGAGGAGUCACAGGAAUCAUGGAAUCAUCAAACUUCACAACUGGAUGGUCCAGGGCAGGGACCUUCUCUCCAAGCCCUGAACCCGGGAACAGGACAUCUGAUGCUGCUCCCCAGGAUUACACUGUGGGCAACCUGGUUCGCCUCAGCCUGGCUGGGCUGGUCCUCAUCAUCCUGGGGGUCCUGCUGACUGAAGCCUGGCCUAGCCAGAGGGGACAGUGAGGAAGAGAUGCAGGAUCCCAGGACAGAGGGAAGACACAGCUGGGGUUCACUGACUGUCAGCAUCCCAAAGACUCAUUGAGGCAUCAGGUUCUGCCCAGCUCCAGACAGAGGGAGACCCCUGCCUUCCCAGGGACAUACUGCUGGCCCAAGUUGAUAAUGGCCAGCCCUUCCCCCAGGCCUCCAGAUCUUCCCCACAACACUGAUGUGACCCCCACCUCCCUCAAGAUCUCUUCCCCACCUCAGGCCCUUCCCACAGUCCCAGCAGGGAUGAUCAUUGACAAUAUCUGUCAGUAAUGAAAGAGGAAAAAUUAUCCCCACCCCCACCCCCUACGCCCAAUACAGAAGCAUCUCAGGAUUCACAGAAACCUGUAGGUCUGGCAGUUCCUCCAUUAGUGGGUAUUACUUUGCGUGUGUAUGCGCCUGUGUCUGUCUCUGUAUCUCUGUAUGUGCUUGUGAGAAUUUGUGCAUGCACGUGUGCCUGUAGGCCUCACUGGAAAAGAGCUUUUCACCUGGGCCUGCCUCCACAAACCUUUGGCCAUCAUGGUUUCAGAGACCCGUCAGUGCACCCGUACCUGCUCCAGGCUCCCCAGCUUUCUUCUGCCCACAUCCUCUCCCACACCCCAAGAAUAACCUUCCCCUGAGAUGGCAGGGCCCACACACAUUAUCUGCUGCCAAGCUUUCCUCUUCUCUCCUGUUGAAUAUUAAAAUAUAGCUUUUGUAUCUGCCUCUCUCCUACAAACAAAUCAGAGAAAUGAUCCUUAAUCUCUCCUACAAGAUUAAUAAACAGA